AUGGAUCGGGACAGAGCUAGCCCGUCCCCCUCCAACCUGCCAGAGUCCCCUGGUCACAACUCUCCUGGUAGCACCUUACUGCUGGGUCUGAAGAGGGUGUCUGUGGGGCUGGUCGACUGCAGGAAAACACCAGGGCAGAGGGAAACCCCGUACCGUUCUCUCAGUGGGAGGGGCUUAUCAUCUGGGGAGCCUCAACAGCAUCAUGUUGCUGACGAGACAGAGAAGAGUCUCUCCAGAUCAGAACAUCUCAAGAAGCACCAGCAGAGACGUACAGGGAAGAAACCUCACCACUGCUGCUCUGACUGUGGGAAGAGUUUCACUAGCCGGAGUGGCUUCAUUAUUCACUGUGAUCAGUGUGGGAAGAGUUUUGCUGCAUCUAACACCUUCAAAUCUAAUGUAAGAAUUUGUACAAAGGAGAAGUCUUACCCCUGCCUUGAUUGUGGGAAAAGCUUUGUUAGUGCAGGAGUCCUAACCAUACACAAGCGUGUACACACUGGAGAGAAGCCUUAUAGCUGUGAUCAGUGUGGAAAGAGCUUCAAUCAGUCAGUCCACCUGACUACACACCAGCUAAUACACACUGGUGUGAAGCCUUAUAACUGUGAUCAGUGUGGAAAGAGCUUUGCUGUAUCAGAAAAACUAACUAUACACCAGCGAAUACACACAGGAGAGAAGCCUUAUAGAUGUGAUCAGUGUGGAAGGGGCUUUUCUCAAUCAGUAACCCGGAAUAUACACCAGCGAAUACACACAGGAGAGAAGCCUUAUAGCUGUGAUCAGUGUGAGAAGAGCUUUGCUGUAUCAGAAAAACUAACUAUACACCAGCGAACACACACUGGAGAGAAACCUUACAGCUGUGGUCAGUGUGGGAAGAUCUUUGCUGUAGUUUCCUCCCUGAUUAGACACCAGGUAACACACACUGGAGAGAGAACGUAUGUCUGUCUAUGUGGGAAGAGCUUUGGUCUAGCUUCCUCCCUGACUACACACCAGCGAACACACACUGGAGAGAAGCCUUACAGCUGUGAUCAUUGUGGAAGGGGCUUUUCUCAAUCAGUAAACCGGAAUAUACACCAGCGAACACACACAGGAGAGAAGCCUUAUUGCUGUGAUCAGUGUGGAAAGAGCUUUGCUCUAGCUUCCACCCUGACUGCACACCAGCGAACACACACUGGAGAGAAGCCUUAUUGCUGUGAUCAGUGUGGAAAGAGCUUCAAUCAGGUAUGCAACCUGACUAAACACCAGCGAACACACACUGGAGAGAAGCCUUAUAGCUGUGAUCAUUGUGGAAAGUGCUUUGCUCAAUCUGGGAGCCUGACUGCACACCAGCAAACACACUGGACAGAAGCCUUAUAUCUGUGAUCAGUGUGGGAAGCGCUUCAGUCAAUAAGGGACCCUUUAUUCACACCAGUGAACACACACUGGAGAAGGAACCUUAUGACUGUCUAGGUGGGAAGAACUUUGUUUAUUUAGGGUCAAUGAGUAAAAAACAGAAAGCACAAACAUGCUGGAUUUCAUCUUCUUUCCUUCCGGCACCGGUUCCAGAUCCCUAAAUAAAGGAUCAAUAGAAAACAUCUAGUGAACAGUCAUAUCCAUCUCCCAUUCUUAAACAGUUGCCGUAGUCUGAUCACCAUGGUAACCUCUGUGCAGCAUAAUAUGCAGUUCUGAUCUAGGAUCAGGUCUCCCCUGUGUUUAUGUAAUAUCACACAUUGGGAUCUAAAUGGAUAAAUGUUAUCAUAGAAAAUGUCAUAGUGAACCUGUGUGGGGGGGUGUUGAUAAUUGUAUCUUUCAUACACUCAGGAUACUAUUAUUAUUAAAUGUCAUUAUGUAGAAUAAUGUUUCAACAAUAGGUGUAUAUUCAUGUAUUCAAUUGCUCAAUGAAUUCAAUCCAUUAUCUUCUAAAUAAGAAGUUAUCACUUAAAUUUUUAUAUUGAUUGAAAUGAAACUAAAUCGAAUCCAUAAUGUAUUGGAUAACAAUUUCCAUGAGGUCAAGGCAAGAACUAUGCAUACUGUGUCUUGUAACAACGGUUAAUGUAAUAACUUUUAGAUUUAUAAUGUAAUAAAACUGGUAAAUGUAAUAUAUUGUUGGUUAAUAUGAUAAAAUGUUGAAUUGUUGUCGUAAUAAGUUACGGUACCAGUUAACAACUUUUUUAAUGAAUAAUGUAAUGACUUCAAGCGAUCAUGUAAUAACACCUAAACCAAUGUUUUGUUACUACACUAAUGUUAAUGCACAUAUCACCCUCCACUAAUUGCAAACCCACACACACAAACCUAUGCACUUGUACUCUUACACAAGCACAUACACACAGUUAUAGACACGCAUUGAUUUGAAAAAAAUAAAUCAACAAUUAAUCUAGUUCUUAUAGUCAAUUAGACAGGGUGCUCGGUCAGGCAAGCGGAAGAAGGAUUGGGAAACUGCAAAUAACAAUAAGCUGAACUCCACCUAGCAGAAACAUCUUUGUAUUAGCAACUAUUAAUUAUGAGCUGAUAUUGUAUUAUAGUUAAGGGACAUCACCCUGGGUGGGGUGAACCAUAGUAGGGGAUAAAAAGGGAAAACACCAUCUUUAGAACUGAGUGUGUUGUUUGUAAAUUGCUGUAAGUGUAUACUCCGGGUUGCAAUCCUUAUUAAACAAACUAACCUCUGAUCAAA